AUGCUGCACGAGCUGUUGUCCGCCGUCAGGAUCAUAUUUCAAGAAGCCAAGAACAGCGGCAUUCCAUGUUCUGACUCCCUCAAUAUUGUGGACCUUCUUGUAGACGAGGGGACACGCGGCGAAUGGAACUUACAAGGGCUGCCUGCAGACGAAUUAUCGGUGGAGAAUGCCAUCAUCGUAACCAGGUCAGACAGAUACCCCCUCUUGGUAGAUCCUCAGGGACAGGCUCACAGCUGGUUGAAAAAAAAAGAGGAAGACAGGAUGAAAGGGUCUCGUCAAUGCAUAACAACUGCGACAGAUCCCCGGUUCAAGGAUAAGGUCGAAUUCUGCAUGGCAGAAGGGCUGCCAUUACUUGUCGAAAACCUUGGCGACACUGUCCCGGAGGUUCUUGACCCGAUCCUUGAAAAACAAUUCAUUAAAAAAGGCAAGAGGCUUUAUGUGACAUUCAUGGACCAGCAAGCGGAAUACAAUCCAAGUUUUGUCCUCUACAUGACAACAAAGCUCGCGAAUCCUCAUUUUCCUCCAGAGAUAAACGCGAAGUGCACGGUGAUAGACUUCACUGUCAUGCAUGAAGGUACGCUUACAGAGGUGAUCGCAGCUCUUUUCCUAAAAGACCGCGAGUUCUAG